CCUCCCCGGCAAGAUGCCGCGCUCGUUCCUCGUGAAGAAGCAUUUCUCGGCCAGCAAGAAGCCCAAUUACAGCGAGCUGGAGAGCCAGACGGUGAUUGUCUCCCCAUUCCUGUAUGAGAAAUACCCCCUGUCCAUCAUCCCCCAGCCGGAUCUCCUGAGCGCCGGUUCUUACUACCCUCCGCUUGUCUGGGACACAGGACUGCUCUCCAAUUUCUUCACCUCUGAGCCGGAGUACAAGAAAAGCCCUGCUUCUCCCCCGAGCCCCGACUCCAAACCUCUGGACCUGACCUCCCUGUCCAGCGAGGAGGAGGACGGCAAGACGACCUCUGACCCGCCCAGCCCGGCCUCGUCAGCCACCGAAGCGGAGAAAUUCCACUGCGGCCAGUGCAACAAGUCCUACUCGACUUUCGCCGGCCUUUCCAAGCACAGACAAUUGCACUGCGACUCCCAGGCCAGGAAAUCUUUCAGCUGCAAGUACUGCGAGAAGGAGUACGUGAGCCUGGGAGCCCUCAAGAUGCAUAUCCGAAGCCAUACCCUGCCUUGCGUGUGCAAGAUCUGCGGCAAAGCCUUCUCCAGGCCUUGGCUUCUGCAGGGCCACAUCAGAACGCACACAGGCGAAAAACCUUUCUCCUGCACACAUUGCAACCGGGCCUUUGCUGACCGUUCAAACCUCCGCGCCCACCUGCAGACCCAUUCAGACGUCAAGAAGUAUCAAUGCAAAACCUGCUCCCGGACUUUCUCCCGGAUGUCACUUCUGCACAAGCACGAAGAAACGGGCUGCACUGGAGCUCGCUGAGAGCUCCCCAGAUGAUGCCACGGACUCCUCCAUGCAAAUACAUGUAUUGUAAACUAGUGUCUGUAGGAAGAUAGUUGCCGUUGAGUUGAACUGCCAGGACAGCGUGUGUAUCGAACUGUUACUUUCCAGCUGUUUUGGGCCUUAAAGCACCAUACAUAAUACUUCUUUCUUUUUCCUUGAGGCAGUUUUUAAAGCCUGAUCCCUCCCCCGCCCCCACUUCCCCUGGCAGUGGCAGAAUAAUUCUUGAUUCAGGCAGGUGCAGGAUUACAUUCUUCCUUUUCCAAAUGGCUGGCUGGCAUACAAAAUGACACGUGUGAGCUGAUGUUUUAAUAUGAACCUCUUGCUGAAAUCGAGGUCUAUCUAGUCCAGCCUUCUGUCUCUCAAUAGCAGCCAGACAGGUGGUUCUGGGAACUCAUAAGUGGAACAUACAGGCGACGACUACCUCUUUCCUUUUUCUUUCUCCUAGCAUCUGGUACUUUUUAAGUUAUACUGCCACUGAAUAUAGAGGUUCCACGUGGACUUUCCUGUCUCAUAAUAGCCAUGGGAUCCUCCUGCUCUGUUGCGAAUUCUCCCAAACUGCUUUUUAAAAGCCAUCUAAGCUAAUGGCCAUUUCUAUUUUAUGUCUUAAUUUCUUUUAUUUUACAAGUGUAAGAAGGUUCAGAAGGUGCUUAGUACCUCUCAGGAUUGAGCCUUGCACCUAGCUGGCCUGAAGGAUCGCAGUAUUUUUGUUACUGGGGUAUGUGUGCGAGCGCGUGAGAGUGGAGAGGAAUAGAUCCACAGUAACUGUUGACCCUGAACUAAUAUGCCUCGAAGCAAAAGACAAAAGCAAAGUGUUAACACUGCCUGACUCUCCUUUGCUCUUAGCAUUGUAUGGACACCACCCGUAGAAGGUGUGACUAUGCAGUAAUACAGUAUUGCAUUAGUUCUGAGGCAGCUGCUUCCCCCACCAGCACAAUGAUAAUUUGCAAUGCCUCAAAGAUUAACAAUGCCUAUAGAAGGCAUUGGGUAGCCGUUUCAAACCAGACUCCUGUUUACAGAGCAGCUAUGCACUCAAGCACCUGUUAAUAUGACUUCUUUUAACAACUGCUUUUUCAAAAGAACUGUGACUAAUAGCAGGCACUUGUCAGGCGAUACAAUAGCAGCCUGUGCGGAGAGCGCGGCCCAUUGACAGGUGUGUGCCAAAAGAGCGCUUUAUGGUUAUUGACAGGUGCCUGCUGAAUGCAUCCUUCUUUUUGUACAUUGUUUCCACGCCAUAAACAAAACAAAACAAGGGGAG